GCCCGCUUCUCUCGGGAGCCCCCACCCAGGCGCAUGGCUCCAUGAAGCAGGAGGAGAAGGCAGAGCGCGAGAGGUCCCGUCCGCCCCGGCUGCGAGUGGGCCAGGAGACGAGGUACAGGAAGGAGGAAUGGAAUCAGAAGGAAGAGAAUUCAUUGCAGAAACAAAAUAGCUCUCUGUUAUAGCUACUCCCCUGGCAGUGCACACUUCCUGGUUCUGCAGCAUUCCAGACCUCGAGCACUGAAUCAGGAUGGGAAAAAGACGCUGCGUUCCUCCACUCGAGCCCAAGUUGGCAGCAGGCUGUUGUGGGGUCAAGAAGCCCAAAUUAUCCGGAAGCGGCGCGCACAGUCACGGGAACCAGUCCGCCGCGGCGCCCAGCUCUAGUUCGGGACCUCUGCAGAACCACCAGCAUGUGGACGGCACCAGCGGCCGGGAGAAUGUGUCCGACCUAGCUCUGGGCCCCGGCAACUCGCCCAUCACACGAAUGAAUCCCGCAUCGGGAGCGCUGAGCCCUCUCCCCCGGCCCAACGGAACUGCCAACACCACCAAGAACCUGGUGGUGACCGCAGAGAUGUGCUGCUACUGCUUCGACGUCCUCUACUGUCACCUCUAUGGCUUCCCGCAGCCACGGCUCCCUAGAUUCACCAAUGACCCCUAUCCGCUCUUUGUGACCUGGAAGACGGGGCGGGACAAACGGCUUCGUGGCUGCAUCGGGACCUUCUCAGCCAUGAAUCUUCACUCAGGACUCAGGGAAUACACGUUAACCAGUGCACUUAAGGACAGCCGCUUCCCCCCCCUGACCAGAGAGGAGCUGCCUAAGCUUUACUGCUCUGUCUCCCUCCUCACUAACUUUGAGGAUGCCAGUGAUUACCUGGACUGGGAGGUGGGGGUCCAUGGGAUUCGAAUUGAGUUCAUCAAUGAAAAAGGCGUCAAACGUACAGCUACAUACUUACCUGAGGUUGCUAAGGAACAAGACUGGGAUCAAAUCCAGACAAUAGACUCCUUGCUCAGGAAAGGUGGCUUUAAGGCUCCAAUUACCAAUGAAUUCAGAAAAACCAUCAAACUCACCAGGUAUCGGAGUGAGAAGGUGACAAUCAGUUACGCAGAGUAUAUCGCUUCUCGACAGCACUGUUUCCAGAAUGGCACUCUUCAUGCCCCGCCCCUCUACAAUCAUUACUCCUGACACACGGCUGCAUGACCAGUCCCACCCCCCUGUGGCCACCAAUGGCUAUGACAUCAUUGGAGCAGACGCCUCCUCGUCCUGGUCCAGUUACUUCUAUUACUGUACCAUUUUAUGAUGCUAGCUUCCGUUGCCAAGUCUGCCUCCAGCCAACUGAAGGGAGGGGGCGGGGUUCUAGUGAAUGAAACUGAACUUUGGAGGGGCCCAAGCCUUAUCUCAGCCUUUCCUCUGUACGGGGUUCUGUUGGAUUGGGGCUCCUCCAUGACUAGCGAGAAUUACCCUGUGGGUCCAGAAGACUCUUGGCAUCCAGGUGCCACCUGUGUGGCGGCCACACAGUGAAAGCGGGAUCAUCACCCGCGAAGGCUUCACCCCACACGUCCCCCUACGGCCUUUCCAGAUCGAGUCAGUGUGUGCCCGGCAGUCUGGGCAACGGAGACCAACAAGAAACAUUUCUAGGUUGUUUUAAAUUCCUUUUUCUAAACUUCCAGUUUAUUGCUCACCAACCAAGAGUUGAUCACAGCCUCCAUGCUUUGUAAGCGGACGCCAUGUUAGGGUGGCAUCUGGGCGCCUGUACUCCCGAGCUCCUGGACAGAGACCCGCAUCAAGAUCGGAAGCCCUGCGGGCGGCCCUGCAGCUCUCAGUGCUCAGGAAGCCUGGAAGGUGUUGGUUCUUACCCCACGGUCAGCUGGAUCUCCGGGCUCUCUUCUGGCAUCGCAUCUCCGGUACUGGACUGAGCUCUGUGGCGUCGCCUGCUGAGGAGUGAGCUGGGAUGCCCGCAGGAGUUCCUGCCGUCAUCACUGCAUGCAGCGUGGAAGGAGAGGCCGCUUCUCUACCACCCGGCUACCUCACUUCUCUACUGGUAGCAGUGCCUAUAGCUGGCCGGGGCUCAGCAGGCAGAGAUGGUCACGCCAGCACUCGGCUUGGGCGUUAGGGUGAUACCUCAUAGGAGAGAAUCCAGGGUCUCCAGGUGUUCGGAGGGACCUUUCAGCUGAAGAGUUCCUUUUUCUAGUUUGCCUGUAGCAGAGGGAAGACUGUUGAUGCCUCAGUCCUUCGUGGGGCUUGGCCGCAAAGCUGUCCAAUCAAACACAGUGAAUCUCUGUCUUGCUUGCCAGGCUGGGAGUCUUCAUCCCACCAGGGCAAAGUUCCAAGUAGCUCAUCUUUCUCUAGGUCACUCAGACUUUCACGUGGCAUAGGUCCCUGUCCUGUCGCUGCUGAUCCCAAGUAGCCGUCAGCAGGUUUCACCUCCCUCUAGCCUAUUCUUCACUCACCUUGGUGGCAAAGUGCAUAGAAGUUGGGGACUCGGAAGAUGCUCUGGAAGCCUUGCCACAGAGGCACUGCUGAAGUGAUUCCCAGGGAGAGGUGGCCGGUCGGAAGAACGGACCCCGAGGGGGAUGCACUUCCUGGUGUUCGACCACAUGCUUAGAAAACUAGUGGAUGGGGUGUCAACCCGACGGACACAAAUGUUUUGAUUUAAUUUAUUUUUUUUUUUAAGUUUAUGUGGUAAUGGUAUGGCUUUCCAAAAUGGGCAGAUACUGACGUUGAAAGGUCUUUUGAGUGUUCUUCAGCCAGGAAUUGAGGAAGGGGAGUGGGGCUAAAGGCCGAGAAACAGCACUGGGUAGGUGUUGCGGUCUCGCUUCUUGGAAGAGGUGGGGGGUGAGGAGAGGUUAAUUUUGGACACUCUCCUCUGUCACUUAGGAGACUGUGGAAUGUGCAAGGGAAAUGGGGGCUGGCUCUGGGGUCCGAGGCAGGCCCCAGCACCCCAUCCUACUUUGCACUGUGUUCUGGAGACCGCCACCUUUCCCUCUCGGUGUCAGGGAAAAGCUUCUGAGGAUGAGGGGGUUGCUUCCUGAUGUCUUGCUGCUGAGAAUAAAUGUCUUGUUACAGACAAAUGUGACAACAGCUACUCUUAGGUGCCAUGGAUUGUUGUCGGGGUGGUCAGCUUGGGACUAAACCACCCAUCUCCAAUUUGUACAACAGUAUUGAUACAUAGGGCUACACUCAUUACUGUUCAAGUGUUCUAUGUUAAAAGUUGUGUUUAAUUUCUAAAGAUUUAAAAAAGCAAAAAACUGGUGCUAAACUUCCACCCUGAGCACGCUCAGUGAGACUGGUCAUGCGAGCAUUUACAGUGCCAUGCUCUUCAAGCCUAAUUUUUCUUGUAGAAAUGUUGCCCUAUUUGUCUUCCCCACUGUAUAGUACUUUUUUUUUUUAAUUUUAUUGAGGGUAGGGUAGGAUACCUGCCGUUUAAGAAAAUGAACAGAAAAAAUUUAAAAAAAACACACACACAAAAUGGGGAAAAAAAUCAGUGCACAAGAAUCGGGCUGGGUGAGCCCAGCAGCACACUAAAGUGGGCUCAGUGGUUUUGGAGUGAAGAAGCCUUACUCCCUGCACAUUCCCUCCGGCUCCCAGGCAAGCCCAGCGCGGGAGAAGCUCGAGUUCUCCUGCCUUGUCAAGGGAGCCAAGGAGUCAACCAAGGAAAGCGAUUCAGCCCCAUUAGGAAUGAUACAGUGUCAGUCCUGAGAGGGGCCUGGUCAGGAGGUGGUCUGGAAUUGUAGUCAUGGUCCCCUCAUGAAGUGUGGCAGGUGGCUCUCAGGAAAAAUACUAAGUCUGGAUCAUCCAUGUGGCAGCUUUGCAUAGGGAGAUGACGGCUCCGAACCGGAACUGAACUGCCUUCCGCAUGCUUGACCAAAGCAUUGAUGAGGGUGGCUCGUACGUGUGGUAUGAGUGGGAGGUUUGAAGAGAAGGAAAUGCUUUCAGGUUGGUGUUUCUUUUGUCCUUGGGCUGAAUAGAAGAUGACCACUGUUUCAGAGGGCCUAGCCCAACAUGGCUGGCUUGUUUCGGAGUUCGUUUCACCCUAGCUGUGAGUGCCUUUUGGUCUGGAAAGUUAGUCUCAUAAUACCCACAGCUAGGACAUUCUAAUUAUGAAUUGUCCUUGUUCUACAUUAACUAAGAGAAUGUCUUUGAUCACUAGAGUUUGUCGAUGUUGGAUUGUUUCCACUGUGAGGUUCUUAAACUUUUUCACUUCAUAUUAAAGCAACUCAUGUUAGACCUUUUCAACAUGAAAGGUUUGUAGUUGAGACAUUACCUAUAUUUUAUUGUUUAUAAUAAAAAUCAUCUAUACAAAAGUCUUGGGUGUUAAUUUAACAUUUGCAUAAGAUCUGUUUUUCAUGAUACGUUAAACACCUACAGUUUCACUAACUUGUUAUUUUCUAUUGAAAUUCUGGAGCCUAGAAAGCUAUGUGUUCUGUUUAUUUUCAUUCUGAUUUCCCUGAAGCAAGAGACUUUGUAUGGCCUUCAGUGCAAAGACUUCAGACCAAUUCUUUGUAUUACACUUGGUUGCCUCUUGGCUAUAUAACUUCUUGAGUGAAAAUCAUUGAACUCUUUAACGAAGUAUUGUAGAGAAUAAAUCAUAAUGGGUAAAAAUUA